AUGGCAGAGAAGGAGGCCUCGAGCUGUAGGCCGCUGCAGCAGCGGAAAUGGCAGGCCCAUUCGCAGUGUGCUCGCAUGUGCGCAUCCGUGGCUCUGGCAGGUCCCACUUCGGCGUUCACCGUGCUCACGUGGAACACGCUGGCCCCGGUCUACUUCCGGCAGGCCGGCUUCCGCGAUGAGACGGAGGCUUCCCUCCGGUCGGUGGCCCUGGCGCGCUGUGAGAAGAUCUGCAGGGUCUUGGCGGCCUCCGCGGCAGAUGUCGUAUGCCUGCAGGAGCACUGGUUCGAUUCGAAUCACCAAGCUGUCUACCAGCAGCUAGCGCAGAAGCAUGGCUAUCGCUACGAGUCGCUGCAGCGCUCGGGCUGGAAUUGUGACGGUCGCUCAGAGGACGGCAUUGCCAUCUUGGUGAAAGAAGAGGUCUUGGACGUUCGUGAGCGACACGAAGUUCACUUCCACUCCUACGGCAUUCCACAGGAUCGAGUGGCACUGCUCCUCUCGCUCUCAGACCGGCGGCGUCCUGGAGGAGCCGGGAAGCUGGCGGUCAUGUGCACCCACCUCACCUUCCCGCACUCGUACUACGACGAGCGCAGCCGCGAGGCGCAGAUCAUGGCUUGCCUCGACGCUUGUGAGAGACAUGCGUCGCCAGAUACAGCGCUGGUUUUUGCAGGGGACUUCAAUGGCCCCAGUGACGAUGCCAUCUCGGAACGGUUGAAGAAGGCGCGCUUCCAAAAUGCCUGGGACGAGCACUGCGGCACACCCUGCCGAGUGACCCACUGUGACCACAGGGGAAACCAGUUCGCCUCCGAUCACAUCUGGCUGCGUGGGCGCCUGGGCGUCUUGAAGUGCAAGCUCCUCCCUGAGGGCAUACCAGACGACGCCGCUAUGCCACGGCCUGUUGCGGGGCGAGCACGUGAAGGCCCCCAGUUGCCAAGCUCCUUCGAGGAGUGGUGUCAUCUCUCGGAUCACCGUCCUUUGCUGUCUGAACUCUGCUGGCUCUCAUAG